AUGUCAGUCCACUUUCCUGACGAAAUUAUAGACAAAAUCCUUGUCAGGUUGGACCCCAAAUCUUUGAUCAAAUUCAGUGCAGUGUGCAAGUCAUGGAGGUCUCUAAUCAAAAGCCCUGCCUUCAUCCACACCCACCUCAGCCGCACAAUCCAACCAAACAACCAAAACGACUCUCACCUUUUACUAGUUGUCACCACGAAAGCGGACACUGGUAUGAUUUACUCUUUCCGUUGGGACAAUCCCGAGUUCAGUGAGUAUACCCGGCUUAUCUACCGUUUCGCUGACAAUGAAGAACGUUCAGGCCGGGAUCUCAACGUGGUUGGGACUUGUAACGGGCUCGUAUGCCUUUCCUUAGGUUACAAUAAACUAAGAGUUUGGAAUCCUAGUGUUAGAAAGUUUGUGAUUUUGCCAAGCCCUAUUUCUGAGUAUAUAGCUAGGUAUGCCUUUGGCUAUGAUUCGCGUAACAAAGACUAUAAGGUUUUGGGAACUGUUAAUUUACCCGGGCAGACCGAAUGUUAUCAAGCAGAGAUUUGGUCCUUAGCUCGAUCGGGGCUCGUGGAAGAGUCUUGGAGUUGGAAGUACUGGUCGAGGCUCUUUAUCUGA